CAGAAAGAGAGGCACAGUUGUUUGUAUCCUUUGUUCUUAGGGUUCUUAUUAGCCACGCAAAUCCUCGCGCCGCCUCCCUCUCUCUUUUUCUCUCACAGAUCCGUAUUCGAAUCCUUCUUCGACUCUCAAAAGUGUUCUUGUUAAUAGCGAAACCUGUAGAUCUAACGAAUCGUAUUGAUCACCAUCGUCUGUUUUGAAUCUGAUAAACGGAUAAUCAAAUUACCUGAAAAAAAAUAAAUUCGAUUUUUCUUGUGUUUACUGGGAUAUUAUAGAUCUUUGGGAUUAUUUUUUUGAAUAUUAUGAAGAGAUCGAAGAAAUCGAGGGUUUCAUGGCCAUCAGGUCCUAAUCUUUGUCAGGUUAAGAUGUUUCGAACAGAGGACUGUCCUGCUAAAGUUGCAUCUCAGCCACAACGUCUUAGCUACCCUAAGCAAUCAUCCGGGAAACGUCAAGUGCCAGAUCUUCCACCUGGUUUUGAAGGGAAUCACUAUGCAGAGAAGAUUAGUGUCUCAACCAUUCCUCGGAUCAAAUGGAAACGACCUGCAAAGUUUAUGGUCAGUGAUGCUUGGUUAAUGGGAGAUGGUGGGGAGAGCACUGAAAGGAGAACUGAAAACUUGAGGAUUUCUAAAGUGUUGGAAGCCAUGUAUCCUCAUCGCUCUACCAUCCCUUCUCGACCCUCUGUUUCACCGGUUGUUGAAGCUGAAAGCUUUGAUGACAGCAAAACUCCUGUCAUUCGUCUCACCCCUAUCGAGGACGAGUCUGAAUCUUCUGAGGAAUCAUCCAACACUUCUCUUGAGUCCAACAUUACCGCAAACAAGCAGAGUUCGUUGGAGACGAAACCUCCCUGUUCAAUCCAACAACUGGCUUCUGGUCUUGCACCAGAGUUGAGCCUGGCUGCUUCUGCAGCUCUUGCUGCACUGAUGAAAACCAAGGAACACGGGAGUAUGGUUGAUCCUGAUCUACUUAUCCAAUUCCUCAAGGAUCCGGAAAUGAUCAAGAAUCUGAUCACUGACUCAACAGGUAAAUCUUCUGAAACUAAGAAUCAGCCCCUUGAGGCUAAUAACACCAACCCUACUAGGUUUGUUCCGGAACUUGUCUCUGCCUUACCCAUGACAAAGCCACAACCAACAAUAAUACCUCAAAAACAGAGUGUUGCUCCUUCUCAACUUUUUACUAUGCCUGAGCAGAGACGAGCGUCUCCACCUAAGCCUGAGCAGAGACGAGUGUCCCCACCUAGGCCUGAACAGAGACGAGUGUCCCCACCUAAGCCUGUAAACCAAACCAUAUCCCAACUGAAUCAAGUCAAUGAAAACCUACCAAUGUCUGUUCAACCAUGUGUUAGUAUAGCUAAACAACCAUCUCUCCAAGCUCGGCUCCCGUCUAGUUCUCUACCAAUGAACGUUAACCGCCAGAGACCUCCACAAGUUUUCUCUGAACCAAAAGUAACAAUGAAUCCUCAACCCCAACACAAUUCUGCAUACCGCACUCCUGAAAUGAACUAUGUUCAAGCACCAGUUGGAUUUGGAAGGGGUCCUCAAACUGGUUUCAACACUUAUCCAAUGAACUUAAACCGGACUGAUGUCAGUGGUAGAGUUAACCCGGUAGUACAACCAAGGAAGAGUGAUGACUAUUUCAAGAACCUGAUAAGGCAACAUGGUACUGUGAAUCAUGAAACAACUAACCAAUACCAUUCACAAACUGGAAAAUUCAAUGGACGGAUUGAUCAUAAUAAGGUUCAGAAACAGUGUAUGUACUAUGGCACUCCGAGAGGUUGCCAGAUGUGUGAUAGUUGCGUCCAUGUGCAUGACCGAUUCAGACCUAGUUUUGAGGCUGAGGCUCCAAUGGCUAAGAGGUUGAAGUUUGGAAGGUAUGAUAGAAAUGGUUUUUGAACAUAAACAAUUCUGACUCUUGAUUCAUUACAAAUCACAAAGUAGAAUUUGUCUUUAGUAAAACAAAAACCUGAGGUGAUUACAAUUUCAAAUUCGAUUAAUUUUUCUUUUUGAAAAAAGGCUUAAAUUUGAUUAAUUUUCUGCAGCAAUUUGUUUCUAAGUUAAUUGAGCAAAAUAUCAUUUUAGAGCAUCAAAAUGACCAGAACCAAUUUCAAUGCCAUAAUUCAAAU